AUGAAAGAAGAUGAGAAGCCACAUGCAGGGGGCAAAUCCUGCUGCAUUUCCAAGCUGAAGGUAUUUCUGCUGGCAUUAUCACUUGCACUUGUUGGUAAAACGAUGUCUGGUGCUUACAUGAACAGCAUGUACACACAGAUAGAGAAACAAUUUAAUAUUCCAGCUUCUUUAGUGGGAAUCAUUAAUGGAAGCUUUGAAAUUGGUAACUUACUGCUGAUAGCAUUUGUGAGUUACUUCGGAGCAAAGCUUCACAGACCCAGAAUAAUUGCUUUGGGCUGCACAGUUCUGUCAUUUGGAUGUCUUUUGAUAUCACUUCCUCAUUUCCUAUUUGGAAGGUAUCAUAUUGAAAGCAGUAUUUCACCACGGGAGAAUUUUUCAGUCAUGCCUCUGUGCCUUGUUAAUCAAAGCUUGUUCUCUUUACCUACAGAGGAACCAUCAACAGAAUGUGAAAAAGAGCCUGGGUCCUUGCUGUGGAUAUUUGUGAUGGUUGGAAACAUAGUACGAGGAAUGGGUGAAACUCCCAUCAUGCCUUUAGGCAUUUCAUAUUUGGAGGAUUUUGCCAAAGCAGAGAAUUCACCCUUCUACCUCGGAUGUCUACAUACAGCAACUGUAAUCGGCCCCUUCCUUGGUUUUUUGUUGGCAUCAUUCUGUGCAGAACUGUUUGUUGAUCUGGGAUCAGUAGAUGCAGAGGACAUAAUUAUAACAGCUACUGAUGCCCGCUGGGUUGGAGCAUGGUGGCUGGGCAUUUUGAUUUGUGCAUCACUGAAUCUUCUGGCAGGAAUACCUUUUUGGUUUUUGCCCAAGUCACUUGUGAAGGAAGGAGAAACCAACAAACCUGAGGAAAUGAGUAAAAAAAAUGUAGCACUAUUGCAAGAAAAUAAUAAAAAUGAAGCCAGAGAGACCAUGUAUGAAAUUGCUAAAGAUUUCAUCCCAUUCCUCAAGGCUCUGUUUCACAACCCAGUUUAUAUGUUAUUUAUAUGCAUAACUGUGUUACAGUUCAGUGCCUUCAAUGGCAUGAUAUCCUUCAUGCCCAAAUAUUUGGAACAACAGUUUGGAAAAUCUGCAUCGGAUGCCAUCUUUUUAAUUGGUGUUUACAACUUACCAGUUAUAUGCAUUGGGUAUUUUUUUGGAGGCUUAUUCAUGAAGAAAUUCAAGAUAAAUAUCUAUCAGGCUGCGAACAUAGCAUUUUGGGUAUCUUUACUGGAAUACCUUCUCUACUUUGCUGCCUAUUGGACUGUCUGUGAUACUUCACCAGUUGCUGGCCUAACAGUUUCCUAUGAAGGAAUAGAGCAAGUUUCAUAUGCAGAAAAUACUCUACUUGCUGGCUGCAACAGGGAUUGUGAUUGCCCACUUAAAAUAUGGGACCCUGUUUGUGGGAACAAUGGAAUCACAUAUGUGACACCUUGUCUUGCUGGGUGUAAAGCCUCAAGAGGAACUGGAAAAAGUGUGGUAUUUGAAAACUGCACCUGUGUUGCAGCCUCAGGGUUUUCAUCUCAAAAUGUCUCUGCAAUUCUGGGCCACUGUGAUGGAGAAGAAAACUGUGACAAGAUGCUUCAUUAUUUUUUAAUAUUGUCAUUAGUCUGCAGCUCCAUUUUUUCCUUAGCAGCCAUGCCUGGGUAUAUGGUCUUAAUAAGGUCUCUAAAGCCUGAAGAAAAGUCAUUUGGAGUGGGUAUCCAUGGACUAGCUUCAAGAGUAUUUGCUGGAAUUCCAUCUCCCAUUUAUUUUGGAGCUUUGAUAGAUACCACUUGCUUGAAGUGGGGUACUAUGACUUGUGGCGGAGAAGGAGCGUGUAGGAUGUACAACAUUGUCACAUAUAGGUGGCUCUAUCUUGGCGUGCCAGCAAUACUACGUGGAGUGUCCUAUAUCCCAAGUGCACUAAUUCUCCUUAUUUUAAAGAAGAAACUUAAAUCUGAAAGCCAAGUCUUAUUAAAUGCACCAGUAGAAAUGCAGGAUAAAGUACAAGAAGCAUUGAAAUAGCAUUUCAAAGCAGGAUGUGUUGUGAAAAAAUCUUGAAGUGUAAAUUUUGGAUAUAUCCUUGUGAAAGAUUUCAUACUUUAACUAGUGAACACUUGGACAGAGAUUAAUAGAAUUAGACAUAGUUAUAUCCUGAUUAUAUUAUAAAAAUAUCAGUUCAUGAACAGAAG